UUGUGUCUUAGAAUCGUCGGAAGUUCUUGCUUCAACAGUGUUUGGACGGAACUUUCUUCUGCUUCUCUUUAAACAUUCCACACGUCUCUUAUUUAGUCGUUUAAAUUUUUAUUUUUGUACGUUUUGAUAAAAAAGCCGACAAUAUCAGCCGAAAUGGAGCUUUCUCAGAUCCGUCAGAACUACCACCGCGACUGUGAGGCCGCCAUCAACAAGAUGAUAAACAUGGAGCUUUACGCCUCCUACACCUACACCUCUAUGGCCUACUACUUUUCUCGUGAUGACGUCGCGCUCGAGGGUUUUGCUCAUUUCUUCAAAGAGAACAGUGACGAGGAGCGCGAGCACGCGGACAAGUUUAUGUCCUUCCAGAAUAAGAGAGGAGGCCGAAUUUUCCUGCAGGACGUCAAGAAACCUGAGCGUGAUGAGUGGGGCAGUGGACUGGAGGCCAUGCAAUGUGCUCUCCAGCUGGAGAAGACGGUGAACCAGGCCCUGCUGGACCUGCACAAACUGGCAUCUGAUAAAGUAGAUCCUCAUCUGUGUGACUUCCUGGAGACUCACUACCUGAACGAGCAGGUGGAGGCCAUAAAGAAGCUGGGUGACCACAUCACUAACCUCACCAAGAUGGAUCCUGCCAACAACCGUAUGGCCGAGUAUCUGUUUGAUAAACACACCCUGGGAGGAAAGAGUUAAAUUGUUUCUUCUGUAUGUCACCCAUUUUGAGAUUCUUACAAAAAACCUGAUUUGCAUUCAUGUAGAAUUGAGUUUAAACUGUCAAAAGAAGCAUCAUUCCUCUGUACCUUGCUUCCAUUUUAAUGUUCACUGAUUCUGAUGAAUAAACAUUUUGAGCUGUAA